CCAGUCUGGUAAACAAGGUGCGCUGCUUCUGCUGUGCGAGCGGAUCGGGUCCUUUCGCGAAUUAAAUGUUUUUACACAUUUAGGGUUGAUCUGGAAGGUUAUUUCUCUCCAACUUCAGCUACAGUGAUAGCUAAGUUUGGAGAGGAGAGAAGGGGAAAGGUCGUGUUUUUUUUUUUUUUUUUUUGCGAAGGAAAUAUCUGCAGCGAGGAUUUUCUUUGCGUGUUUAUCGCGAACCAUACAAAGGAAUUCAAUAGUGGAAAAAUAAAAGCGAAUAAAUAAAUAAUACAAUAAAUUUAAAGCACAAUGGACAAUACUGCGUCUAAGAACCCUUGCUGUGAAAGAAUUUGCGAAUUCUUCAUGUCUGCAAAAUUCCUCAUUUACCUCGGACAUGCCUUAUCAACCUGGGGGGACCGCAUGUGGAAUUUUGCUGUGGCUGUGUUUUUGGUGGAGCUGUAUGGCAAUAGUUUACUCUUGACAGCCGUGUAUGGACUGGUAGUUGCAGGGUCCGUCCUCUUGCUGGGUGCUAUUAUUGGUGACUGGGUGGACAAAAACCCCAGACUGAAAGUGGCACAGACAUCCUUGGUUGUCCAGAACAGCGCUGUAAUUCUUUGUGGUGUCCUUCUGAUGGUCGUUUUCCAGUUUAAAGAACAGCUUUCCACCUUGUACGAUGGGUGGUUACUGACAUCAUGCUACAUUAUGGUCAUCACCAUUGCUAACAUCGCUAACCUGGCCAGCACAGCUAUGUCCAUCACCAUCCAGAGGGACUGGGUGGUGGUUGUAGCUGGAGAUGACCGGAGCAAAUUGGCAGAUAUGAAUGCCACUGUCAGAAUAAUCGACCAGUUAACCAACAUUCUGGCUCCAAUGCUUGUGGGCCAGAUCAUGGCAUUCGGUUCCCAUUUCAUCGGUUGUGGUUUCAUCUCGGGCUGGAACCUGUUUUCCAUGUGUUUGGAGUACUUCCUACUCUGGAAAGUCUAUCAGAAGACUCCAGCACUAGCCAUCAAAGCAGGGCAGAAGGACACUGAUGACCAAGAGUUGAAACAACUCAAUGUUCAAAAAGAGACUGGAAAUAGUGAAAGUCCCACAGAGGGCUUCCAGCUGAUGAAUGAAGCCGCUGAAGUGAAGAUGGUCACUGAGAAGAAGACUAGUUGCUGCCACCAGAUGACAGAGCCCAUCCGUACCUUCAAGGAGGGCUGGGUAGCCUACUACAAUCAGUCCAUCUUUUUUGCUGGCAUGUCUCUGGCGUUCCUCUACAUGACAGUGCUGGGCUUCGACUGCAUCACCACAGGCUUUGCAUACACUCAGGGCUUGAACGGUUCGGUACUCAGUCUGCUCAUGGGAGCCUCGGCUAUAUCUGGCAUCUGCGGAACGGUUGCCUUCACCUGGAUCAGGAAGAAGUGUGGCCUGAUCCGAACUGGCUUCAUCGCUGGAGUGACCCAGCUCUCAUGCCUAAUGCUCUGUGUGGCCUCUGUCUUUGCUCCUGGAAGCCCCUUUGAUCUCAGUGUCUCGCCCUUCGAGGAGGUUCUUAAACAUCUGUUUGGAGACAGUGCUUCGCUGCGAGAGAGUCCAACCAUUGUUCCCACUAUUGAUCCACAGGGCCUGACCAACAUCCCCAUUUUUGAGGAAGCCCCCCAAGUGGAGUCCUACUUGUCUGUCAGUUUUCUCUUUGCUGGUGUCAUUGCUGCUAGAGUUGGUCUUUGGUCCUUUGACUUGACCGUGACCCAGCUCAUCCAAGAAAAUGUGAUUGAAUCCGAGAGAGGCGUCAUCAACGGUGUCCAGAACUCCAUGAAUUAUCUUCUCGAUUUGCUGCACUUCAUCAUGGUCAUCCUUGCACCAAAUCCUGAGGCCUUUGGCCUUCUCGUGAUCAUCUCUGUUUCCUUUGUUGCCAUGGGACAUAUGAUGUAUUUCAGAUUUGCCUAUAAAAGCCUCCGGAGUCGACUAUUCCUCUUCUGCUCACCCGAGCAGAAGCCAGAUCCCAAUAUUCCCUCACUUCCAAAUUCUGUAUAACUCUUUAAAGAGACCGUAGCCCUACAUCUACUGGAGUAUUGUGUGCUCUGCUCUUAACUCUUUCCCCGCCAAACACAUAAUUUUCCGUGUUUUAUGAAAAAACGCUUCCCGCCAAACACAGAAUUUUCCGGGUUUCCGUGUUUUAGGUGUUAUACGGUAAGGAAGACCCCUCCGCAUGUUUUGAAAGAGUACGCAACUCUUUGAUCAAAGAAACAGACUGCGAUCGUCUCAAACAUGAAGAAGUGGAGUAUUGAGAAGCUCAAAAUAUCAGACAUAAACAUGCCUUUUUCUCAGCUUUUUGUCUGAAAUGUUGUUUUUUGACAAAACCGACCUCUGUUCAAGUCGCAAUAAAAAAGAACAAAUGAAGAUAAAAUAAAAUCGUUUUUUUUUGCCUAAAAGCAGAGGCUCAGAUCUUUAUUGUGAUAUAUAGCAUCUUCUUAUAUUCAUGGAAGAAAAUAUUCUGCGGGCCAUUAAAGUUUAGCGAAAAUCGUCAAAAACCCUGGCGGUGGCUGGCAACUUUUUUUAAAAACGUUGGCGGGGAAAGAGUUAAUCUUGCCAGGGACCUGUUUAACUAACACGCAUGCUUUAGCUGCUUGCAGUGCUUUUGAAUAUGCUUGUAUUUGCCCAUUGAAGUAGAUGUUCUUAGCCAUAAGCUGAAAUAACAUUUAAGAGAGGUCAUAGAGCAGAAGCCAACAGCAUAGCUUGCUUUUGAGAUAGAGGUAGGGGGUGUUAGUCAAAGAAUCAUCCAGUCCCACUUCAUAUUAGGUGUCUUUAACUACUACGUACUAACAUUAAAAUGCAGACAUUACAAUGUAUUUAAUGUGUUACUACACAUUGUUCUGCAAAAUUCUCACAAGAUUGACAUUUGGUGCUACUGAGAUUGAGGUACGGGUAGGUUUAGGAGUAUGGGGUAGGGUUAGGUUUAAGGGUAGGGUUAAUAGUGUAAUUAUAAUGUAAUUACAGAUUUAAUUAAAUGCAGGGACUUUAAAUGUAAGUACAAUGCAAAACACAUUUGUACAUUAUGAGUACAUUGUGUCAAAUGCAUAAGUACAUAAGAGUUAAAGACACCUAUUAUAAAGUGGUUCAAGCAUUCCUUACUACCUUGUGUUCAAAACGCAGUAACAAUGUCUGAGAACAAAUUGUAGGGGGAAAAAUACAGAUGGAAAGGAUGAUUCUUGUGGUUAUACCAUGCUUUAAUGACUUUUGUAUAAAGCUCCAAAGCAAGCCAGGCAUAUUUAUUUUACUUUAACGUGUUUCAUUGUUUUUUUGAUUAUAUGGUCAUAGUUAACCUUCAGACUAGUUAUGCAAGUUUUGCAAUACGCUCUACUUAGAUAGUGUAGUUUUGUAAUUUUUAUCCCUCAGUGCUCUUUGCAAAACAUGGUCUAAAGUCUCUUUAAUAGUAAUUAGGUUCAUGCUAGUUAUUCAUUCAGGUAUGCCAAUAUAUUUAUACAUGUGUAGUCAGUAUUCAGUAACUCAGCUUCGGUGGUGCUACGUUAUUACAACUAUUCUGAAAAAGCUAUGCAGACACAUACAGUUUGUACAUGUAACCAAAGUGGAAUUUAUUUUUUUCCAACACAUGAAAGUGAGGGAAUUACAGACAUUUUCUUGUCUUAUACAUUCCAAAUGGUGUGAAUAUUAUAUGAUGGACAAUUUUUGGACAUAGGCCCUGAUACUCUCACCCACUGCAACUGGAAUUCAGGUUCUUAGCACUAUUGUUUCCUUUUUGUGACCUGUUUGAUUUUAAAGUGAUUUUAGCACAUAACUCUUGUUCGUCAAGAUUGUUACACAAGCACUUUACAUGAUUAUACUUUGUCCAUUACGGAAGAUAAGUGCAACAAGACACCAGGUUUUUCUCAAAACCUUUGCACAAGAUUGAAUCACUGAUUGAACUUAGUACAUGACUAGCAGGAAUUUUCACUGCAAUAAACCAUGGAAUUUGUUGAUCAAUAUUUUAUACUAUUAUCUGGCCCAAACAUAUUAACAGAAAUUGGAUUUUAACCAGGUGCUUGCACUGUAAACUGCCCCACCCGUAUCCUUGUGAAUUGUAUUUCCCUUUAAGUGAUGCCACACCUUAGAUUUCCCUUCAUUCAAAUCAACAUGCUAAUUGUUUAGACGUUUCAUACAUAAAAGUAAAUAUUACAAGCUUGCUUUCUUAAAGUCUUUGUUUUGCCACUUGGUACUGGCAUGCCUCUGCAUGUCCUAAAGCCACAAACUUUAUCCUUGUGGUACUGACAUCCUCUUGAAAACCACAGUUGGCUCUACUUACAUAUGAUUUGUAAGAGUUGUAUAAUUGUGAGGUUGGACAUCAGCAGACCUACACCAAAUGCACAGACCAGAGAAGGGAUUAUUGAAUCCAUGCGGAAAAGUGCGGCUGGUUUAUUGUUGUUGUUGUUUUUUUGUGAAAUGCAGCAGGUCCAUAAUGCAGGUGCCAAGUUGAUUGAAUUGUAAUGGUUUGUCACUUAAGUAAGCAAUUUUAUUAUACCUCUUUGAUGACACACUUUAUCCUUAGGAACAUACUGCUGUUUUUUAAACACAGUGUGCACAUUAUUAUGCAUGGAAUUUUGUCAAUGUCUUUUUGUGAAUGUGAAUCCUUAUUUACAUCUGUAAAAUAUUUUUAUAUUCUCAUGUUGACUAGUUUUGUUUGAAUUACGUUUUGUCCUACAAUACAAUGCCACACACAAAAGAUUUGUCCCUUAACGAAUUUCAGAAAAUAAAAGCAUGCUGUUGUUAAAAUGUAACAAUUACUUUUUAUGAAAACAUUGAUUCUGAUCCUGAUCUGUGAAAUGUUUGCAAUAAUGGAGGUUCACAUUCAAAUGUAGUAGAAAUUGACAGCUCAAGACUAGUUCUGCAUUUCCUUAAACUGAAAUAAAAAAAUCAUCAA